AUGGAUGUCAUAAAGAUCGCAGUUGUUGUAGAGGAUUCCCGCCGACAGCAUCGUCAGACCCAAAGAGAACAGCUCGGUAGGAUCGUUAGAGCCGAUGUCGAGCCUCUUGCUGCCAGUUCUGAGGUUUUCAACGUCCUCGGGAGCGAGAUAGGCUGGCUGUCCCUCCAGCAGCUUGAACUGGCCAUUGACUUCUCCAGGCCAGGAGAACUAGUUGGCUACUUUGAUCUUGCCCUUCUCCGAGAGGAACACGUUCUCGGGACGCACGUCACCGAGCCUGCUCUCGUGGCCGUUGAUGGCAGAUACCUCUUCUUCCGCCGCGCAGAUCGCGUAGAGGAGAACAGGAAUCGUUCUCGCUCGCGUUCCCGUGAAAGAUCAGUCUCGAGUCGCAGCCGAUCAGACCACUACGAGCAGGAGGAGGAAGAGUUUGAGGCCGACCAGGAAGUCAUCCGCUCGCUCCUCCGCAUCGAGCAGGGCCGUGAGCAGCCCAUCGACCGCUUUGUCAAGGUUGUCCUCAUCUACAAGGGUAAGCUCCCUCUUGACCACAAGUCCCAGGAACUCAUGAGCCAGCCCAAGUCCUUCCUCAGCAAGCUCACCCUCCACCAGCUCCAGGAACUCGCUGCCUCCACUCAGAUCUUCGAGAAGAACGAGGGCAAGCUGAGAAGCGAGUUCGUCAACUACUGGAAGGGACUCAGGGUGCUCGUGAACGCAGCAGCCAACGACAAGAGAGGCGAAAACGUGAUCAGUGAGUCCUUCUUGCCGAAGGUCAACGAGAUCAUCAGCAAGCCGUACCCUGAGCUAUUGAAGAUGGAGGAGGCGAUCGGUGCCACUCUCGCUAGCAGGGGAGGAGCCGCCGACUCCUUCUGGAGCUUUGUCAAGAACAAGAUCGAAGAGAGGAAACGUGAACACGAACUAGAACAGCUCUACAGCAAGUUCAAGGAGACUCACCAAGAGGAGAGGGGGCAAGAAGUGGAGGAAGACGAAGCCGAGCUGGAAGAGCCCAUUUCUCCCAUCCUCGGACCUCUUUCUAUGGCUUAUGACUUCAUCACGAAGGAGAUCAUCGAGUUCCAGAAGUACAAGCGGAUGGAGGAGGACGAGGAGGAAUUCGACGACUGGGUACCCUGCGAGACCGAGGAGGGCCGCUACCGCACGCUCAAGCCGCAGUACAUCAACCGCAAGCGUGUCACCAUCGAGUGGAACAAGUACAACACUAUGCACUACAACGACGACAACCCGCCCCCCAAGACCAUCCAGGGCUACAAGUUCAACAUCUUCUAUCCCGACCUCUACGAUAAACAGAAAACGCCCCAGUACUACCUCGAAACCACCGAAAGUCCAGACUACUGCAUCAUCAAGUUCAAAGCUGGCCCGCCCUACAAGGACAUCGCCUUCAAGAUCUUGCGGAAGGAGUGGGACUUCACUGAGAAAUCAGGCUUCGAGUCAAUCUUCCACAAGGGCAUCCUGCAGCUAUACUUUAACUUCAAAAAGCCAAAGUUCAGAAUAUGA